UGGAUGUUUCUUUGCAGAAACUCAUGCAGCCAGAAUCUGGGGCCAAUGGAACGGCCAUUGCUGAGUUCAUCCUGCUGGGCCUCAUGGAGCCACCAGAGCUGCAACCAGUUGUCUUUCUGCUCUUCCUCUUUGCCUACCUGGUCACGGUCGGGGGCAACCUCAGCAUCCUGGCAGCUGUCUUGAUGGAGCCCAAACUCCACACACCCAUGUACUUCUUCCUGGGGAACCUAUCAGUGCUGGAUGUCGGGUGCAUCACUGUCACUGUUCCUUCUGUAUUGAGUCGUCUCUUGUCCCACACGCGUGCAGUUCCCUACGGAGCCUGCCUUACCCAGCUCUUCUUCUUCCAUCUGUUCGUUGGAGUGGACUGCUUCCUGCUGACCGCCAUGGCCUAUGACCGAUUCCUGGCCAUCUGCCGGCCCCUCACCUACAGCACCCGCAUGAGUCACACAGUCCAGAGGAUGCUGGUGGCCGCGUCCUGGGUUUGUGCUUUCAGCAACGCACUGACCCACACCGUGGCCAUAUCCACGCUCAAUUUCUGUGGCCCCGAUGUGAUCCAUCACUUCUACUGUGACCUCCCACAGCUCUUCCAGCUCUCCUGCUCCAGCACCCGACUCAAUGAGCUGCUGCUCUUUGCUGUGGGUUUCAUAAUGGCGGGUGCCCCCAUGGCUCUCAUCGUCAUCUCCUAUAUCCGCGUGGCAGCUGCGGUCCUGCGAAUUCGCUCUGCAGAGGGCAGGAAAAAAGCCUUCUCCACGUGUGGCUCCCACCUCACUGUGGUUACCAUUUUCUAUGGUUCAGGUAUUUUUAACUAUAUGCGACUAGGUUCAACCAAGCUUUCAGACAAGGAUAAAGCUGUUGGGAUUUUCAACACUGUCAUCAACCCCAUGCUGAACCCAAUCAUCUACAGCCUCAGAAACCCUGAUGUGCAGAGCGCCCUCCGGCGGAUGCUCGUGGGGAGGCGGGCCCUGGCUUGAGGAGGUCUCCAUUGAGUCUUUCUGCCUGCGUCUUUUUGUGCUAAAGGAAAAACCUUCUAGAGCCAGAAACUAGGAAGAACAUGGUUCAGACCUGUUUCUGUCUCCUGGGCAUAAGAAGGACUUUUGGAGGGAAGAAUAGUUUUCAUUUCUUAAAGCAGCCCUGCCCAGUUAUAGGCAGUGCGUGUAGAGGUUCUGCCAAACCAGCCCCUUAGACAAAUUACAACCUCAGGCACUGUGUUCUCGCCUUUCUGGCUAGAGGGGAAACCUGGGAAGCUGUGAAUGCUUACAGUCUCAUGUCGGAGAGGGAAUGAGAGCCUGGGUUCCCAGAAGCACCCCAGAAAACUCCUCCCACCCCCGAUGUCAUUUUCUUCCCUCAAGUUCAGGCAUGCUUGGUCUGUUUAUAAAACAUCUAGCGAUUAGGAUUGUUUAUUUCUAGGUCUGGAGAAUAGGAUUGUUUUAUUUCUCCCAUCAUAACUCUGUAAGCAAAAAUAAAACAAAAACAAGAAAAGUAGCUCUUUCUAUUCCCAUUAAACAAAGAUCCCACAGCAUCUCCAGGGGGCAGAGGGGAAGCUGGAUGAUGAUGUGUCCUCUAGUAAUUCUGGAGCACACGAGACCUGGGU